AUGGAGACCUCGCUGCGCAUGCGCCGGCGCGUGAAGCCAUGCUUCUCCUCCACAACUGCUACUGCCAGGCUCCGUGCUUCCGGUCCCCACGGGGCCAUAAGGGGUGCUGCUGUAGCUGCAGAAGAUGCUGCUGCAGACGCCGGGUCCGAUGCUGCUGCUGGAGCAGCAGCAGCCACAGCUGAAGCCACAGAAACGAGUGCUGCAGCAGUGGAGGAGGCAGUGCAGCGGCUUGGGGGAGCCCUGCCUGCGCCUCUUGGGGGCUUCAUGAGGGGUGGUGGUGGGAAGGGGGAGAAGGAGGGGGUAGCGGAGGGGGAAGGGGAGAAAGAGCAGGUAAAGGGAGACGAGGAGGAAGGAGGGAAGGGAGGAGGGGAGGGAGGAGGAGAGGGAGGAGGAGAGGGAGCUGGGAAGGAGGAGGGAGGCGAGGAGGGAGGGGUAGGGAGAGGUGACGUGGGUGGGGGAGACGGAGCUACAGCAGGGGCUGUUGCUGAGGGUGGUGGUGUGGAAGGGGGUGCGAGUGGAGGGAAGAAGCAUAAGCCAAGUGGAUCGUCCAGUGGUGGGAAGAAGAGAGCGAAACCGGGCGGCGUGGAGUGGACGCUAGUGGCGGAUGUGGACGGCGAAGAGGUGCUGGCUGACGUGGCAGCAAUGAUGGUACAGCCGCUGCGAACAGUGAAGGGGCGGCUGGUGGUUACCACCACUCGCCUCUGGUUCCACGUGGACCCCCCUGUGCCCUUCCGAGAGAGAGGGGGCGGAGGACAGGGAGAGAAGGGAGAGAAGAGUGAGAAGGGAGAGAAGAGUGAGGUGGGCGGAGGAAAGGAGGACGGUGGACAGGAGGAUGAGGCGAAAAGCAAUCAGGAGGCUUCGGUUUCGAGUAGCAGCGGCGGCAAAGAGGGGAAGGUGGGCAGCAGCGAAGGAGCGACAGGAGGAGAUGGGACUGCGCGUGGGAGCAUGGGCGAUCGCGUGUGGCGGCUCUCAUCUGUCCGCGAACUACCUGCUGUGUCGCCCUGCUCUGGAAAUACUCAUGGUCGACCGGUCCAACUUCUUCUUUGCCUUGACUGUUGGCUAACACGACUGCCUCUAUCCACCAUAUCCUCCCUUCCUCCCCUCUCCCCUUCUCCCUCUACAUCAAGCUACCUGCUGCGCCGCUCUGCUCUAGAGAUAUUCAUGAUCGACCGAUCCAACUUCUUCUUUGCCUUUGAUAUUUACCGACACGAUUCCCUCUACGUUCUCCCUCCCACCAGCUACCUUCUGCGUUGCUCUGCCCUGGAGAUAUUCAUGAUCGACCGCGCCAACUUCUUCUUUGCGUUUGAGGGGGCCGAGGAGCGCAAGCGAGUGCACCGCGCCAUUGAGAGGGCCCACCCCCCCCACUUCCAGCACCUCUUCUCCGCAUCUCAGCGACCGGAGACCAUUCUGGAGAAGCUUCAGCUCACCAAGAAAUGGGUCAACAGAGAGAUCACCAACUUUGAGUACCUCAUGCACCUCAACACUCUCGCCGGGCGAUCCUUCAACGAUGUCACUCAGUACCCCGUCUUCCCGUGGGUAAUUCAGGAUUAUACCUCCAAGGAGCUCGAUCUCACCAAGACAGCCACAUUCCGCGACCUCUCAAAGCCCAUGGGAGCGUUGACUCAGCCUCGCCUGGCAAAGAUAACCGAGCGCUACGAGUCAUUUGACGACCCGGUCAUUCCCAAGUUCCACCACGGCACGCACUACUCCAGCGCUGCAAUAGCCUCCCACUAUCUCGUGCGUCUGGAGCCCUUCACCUCUCUCGCUGUAUCUCUCCAGGGCGGCAAACUGGACCACCCCGACCGGCUCUUCAGGGAUGUGGCGAGCACAUGGAGGGGGGUUACGACCGACAUGGCCGAUGUGAAGGAGCUGAUCCCCGAGUGGUUCUGCCUGCCAGAGAUGUUUCAGAACGUCAACGGGAUCCCUUUAGGCGCAACACAGCAAGGGGAGGAGAUCGGGGAUGUGGUGCUGCCGCCCUGGGCUGACAGCGCGGUUGACUUUGUGCACAAGCAGCGGGCGGCACUGGAGAGCGAAUACGUCAGCAGCAACCUGCACCAUUGGAUCGACCUCAUCUUCGGGUACAAGCAGACGGGGCAAGAGGCAGUGAAGGCACACAACGUGUUCUUCUAUGUGACCUACGAGGGCGCUGUUGAUAUUGACUCGGUUCACGACCCUGUCACUCGGCAGGGCCUGCAGGAUCAGAUCAAGUACUUCGGCCAGACGCCCUCACACCUCUUCACCGCUCCUCACCCCAAGCGCAUCCCUCUCGACCGAGCCCUUCACCUGCAUACCAUAUUCCGCAAGCCCAACGAGAUUCUCCCCUACGUGCUCCCCCACCCUGAGACCCUCAACGUGCCCUUGCUCCCUCCCAUCCCCACUUCCAACUGCCCCUCCUUCCCCCUCUUCUCUCCCCCCAUCCCCCCGCGGCCCCGCCCCUCCCCCCAGACCAUAUUCCGCAAGCCCAACGAGAUUCUCCCCUACGUGCUCCCCCGCCCCGAGACCCUCAACGUGCCGGCCGCCCGGCUGCACGCCACGUCAGACGCAAUCAUCACCGUCGAUCACAACGUGCCAGCCUGUCACAUCGCCGUCCACCAAUGGCAGCCCAACACGCCGGACGGCCACGGUUGGCCUUUUCUGUUCCAGCCCGGGCGGGCGUCGCUUUCGGGCGGCGCACUCCUCCGCAUGCUGAAAAGCUCUGCCCCGGGGUUUGGCGCGGGCGGCAUAGUGGCCGGACUAGGUAUGGGAAUAGGGGGAAGCGGCUUCGGAGGUUCGGUUGGGACAGGCGGAGGGUUGGGGGGAGCUGGUUCGGGAGGAGGGGGAGUAGGAGGAGGAGGAGCAGGGGGAGCAGGAGGAGGAGGGGGAGGAGGAGGAGGAGGGAUGGUCUCGGAGACGUCGAUUUACCCGCGGCUGCUGGCUCUCCCUGCGAGGGGCAUCCGCCGCCCGAAAGAGCUCAUGGCAAUCACGCCGGAUGGCAAGAAUCUGAUCACGGGAGGCCAUGCGGACUGUUCUGUGAAGCUAAUCUCAGUGGAUACCACCCGCGUGGUUGAAUCAGCACUGGUGCAUACCGCUCCUGUGACCUCCCUGAGCCUAUCCCCCGAAGGGGCGACGCUGGUUACAGGAGCAGCGGACGGGACGGUGAUGCUGUGGCAUGUGAACAGCUCGGCUUCGCUUGCUGCUGCUGCUUCGAGCCUCGCUGCCAGCAUGCUGGGGACGCCAGACAGCGGUUCUUCUCAUUCUCAGGGGUUCUCUGGAGGGCCGCAUGAUCCCGGCCUCGUGUCGUCUCCUGAAGCAGCGAGUAGGAGGGAGGAGGACGAGGAGGAGGAGGAAGAGGAGAGGGAGAAGGAGGCGCGGAGGAGGCGAGGUAGCGGCAGCGAUUCUCCUGCUGCAUCUAGUCUUGCUGGUAGGAUGCUUUCUGGGCUCGCUGCUUCUAGUCUCGCUGCUGGCCGGGCAUCCAUAGAGCAAGUCAAGAAAAAGCUGAGGCGACUAGAGGGUCCCGUGCAUGUGCUGAGAGGGCAUACAGAUGAGGUGGUGUGCUGUGCCGUUUCCUCAGACCUAGAUAUUGCCGCCUCGUCUUCCCUCUCCUCGGGCGUUCUUCUGCACUCGAUUAUGCGCGGAAAGUUUCUCCGCGCCCUGCCCGGGGUCGCCCGGGCAGACGUGCUCGCGAUUUCCCCCGAGGGGCUGGUGGUGGUGUGGGAAUUAGCUAAGCGCGCGCUAAGAGUUUUUACGAUUAAUGCUGAGCCGGUGGCGGCUGUGGGGGUUCCGGAGGAGGAUGGGGAUGUGAGUGUGGUGCAGAUCUCUGCAGAUGGGUUGUAUGUGGUGGUGGGGACGGAUUGCACUAGGGAGGCAUUUGAGGAGGAGGGGUUGCCGAACUGGAGGGAUUCAGAUGAAGGAGGGUCCAAGAGGGAGAGAGGGUCGGCCAUUUCGCUGCUCGAGAUCUUCACCCUCAAGGCUCUGUAUCGCUUCAAGCUUCCCGAGAGCAGCGAUGUGACAUCAUUGGCCCUGUCAGCAGACAACACCAACCUCAUCUGCUCUGCUUCUGUCGUGCUCUCCCCUGGGCACCUCAUUCUCUACAGUAACCCAAUUCUAAGUGUGAAGAUGGUGGAUCAGAUGCUUAGGCUGGGAUGGGAGGGAGGGGGGUUGCAAUCAGUGAUGCAGCAGCCAGAACGAGCGUCUGCUUCCCCUCCACCUCCCACCAAAACCUCCUCCCCGGCUCAAAGUGCCUCCACCUCGUCAUCGACACGAGUACAGCAGACUGGCAUGAGCAGCAGCGCUAGAAUUCGCCGGAAGCUGAUUGAGUACUCCGCGCAGGGGUCUUUAAAGAAGAUUAAAGCCCUCUUGAAAGGCGCAGCGGGGCGAUCAUCGGCGUCGGACGCAUCUGAACCGUCGGAUUCAGACUCGUCUGGACGGUCGGAUUCGUCCAGCUCAGACGCUGCUUCAUCCGAGUCAGACGAACGGAAACAGGCAGCAGCUGCUGAGGCUCGGUAUCACAGGUUCGGGUCCCAAUCCGACAGGUUUGGUGCCGGGCCAUGGGGAGCUGAUGAUGCUUGGAAGGAUGACGUGGCAGCUCAGAUGAAGAAUAGGAUGAGGAGGGACGAGGAGAGCCACCGGGCGGCAGUUUUUGGAGCGAAGCAGGAGGAGAAAGAGGACAAGAGAAGACGGUGGGAGGAGGAGAGGAAGGUACGGGAGGAAGAAGCAAGGAAGGUUCUGGAAGCAGAACAGGCCAAGGAUAAGGCAUGGAGAGCAGCGAUCAAGGAGCAAGUACAGAAAAAGAAGGUGGUACAGAAGCAAGAGGAUUAUGACGAGAGAUGGAAGAGAUUUGCUAAGUCAUGCGACAUGGGUAUUACCAUGGCUGAUGUGCCGUUCCCAGUGGUGGGUGGUGGGGAGGAGGAGCUGAAGCAUGUGAUUCUGCAUGGCGUGCCAAAGGAGCAGCACCGGAAGAGGAUGAGAGAGGAGGUGGAGGUUUCUCUCACCUCCAUUGCUCGCAUCAGCGCCGCCCUCUCGCUGCUGCAGUCCUCGUACCCUGGUACCGGCUCCCACCAUACCAUACCGUACCGUUCUCCUCCCUUCUCCCCUUACCAGGAGGAUUUUCUCACUUCCAUAGGGCGCAUCAACGCCGCCCUGUCGCUGCUGCAGCUGGAACUGCGGGCGGCAGCCGACCAGGCGGACGGCGGGCUUUGGUACGGAGUGGUGAACCGGGCGGCGGACAGCCAGGGCAAGCUGGGUACGACGUACAGCCACGAGGAGAUCCAGUACUUUAAAUGCCUGGUGGAGCACGUGGUAACCGCAUCCAACGGCUCAGGAUGCAUCUCCAGCAUUGCAGCGCUGCACCUCACCCCUGCUCCUAGCUCCACUCAGGUGCAUGGUGCUAGGAGCCGCAACUCACCCCUGCAUCAUACACCUGCUCCUGCACGUGUUUCCGAGAUCUACUCAACCAUCCCCACUCCGUUUAUCAUCCCCCACUGUGCUUUUCACAUGCACGACCAAAGCGGUCGUCAUCCGAACCCAACGCAAGACCCCCUCUCCCCAUCGUCCUCGCAACCUCCCCUCUCCCCUCCUGCCGCCCGCACACACACCCUCUCACUAACUGACAAAGAGCGCCUGAUCGCUGACCUGGCGGACAACCAUUGGCUCAGCAUUUCGAGUGAUUCAAGAGAUGGCAGUAGUGGCGGCGGCAGCAGCAGCGGUGGCGGCGGUGGUGGUGGCAGUGGUGGUGGGAGGACGGGGGUGCAAGGGAGUGUGGGGUUGGGUGUGAGAACGUAUCUGGAACUGCAGCAGUAUUUGAAGAGCAUUGAAGGGGGGGUUGUGUGCGACGUGUGCCAUGAUGCUGCUGUGAAGGCUGUGUGCUGUGCGUCCCCGGGCUGUGAAUACCGCCUGCACCAGUACUGCAUGCCCGCCAAGUUCCAUCGAGUCAAGAAUCCCAAGUGCCCCCAAUGCGAUGCGCCCUGGCCUUCCAGUGAGGACGAACCUGCACCACCCAGCCAAUCCCAAGCGGCUGGUCGAGGGGGGGGCGCAGAUAGGAGGAGGCGGGCAGGAAAGCGGAUAGUGGGAGAGGAGGAGAGGGAAGAGGAUAGGGAAGAGGAGGAUAGGGGAGACGGAGAGAGAGGGGUAGAGGGGGGAGAAGGGGGUGGGGAGGAAGAGGAGGAGCGGAGGGGGAGGAGUAGGGGGAAACGGGGCUUGCAGAAGAGAGCAAGAGAGAAGAGGAAAGUGAGAGGACGAGUGAUGGAAGAAGAGGAGGAAGAGGAGGGAGAGGAGGGAGAGGAGGAAGAGGGAGAAGAGGAGGGAGAGGAGAGAGAAGAGGGAGAGGAGGGAGAGGAGGAAGGGGGAGAAGAGGUAGAGGAGGUAGAGGAGGUAGAGGAGGAGGAAGAAAGGGAUGUGAGGCCGGUCCGGGCAGGUCGAGUGAGAGAGGCAGAGCGUGUGAGCAGAAGGACGAGGAGAAGGUAG